UUUUUCAAUCUUGUAUUUAUUUAUUUUAUUUUGUUUAAUCCGUUCAGUGUUUGAAUAUUUUACUGAAAUUAAGAAUGUUUGUCAAAUUUGUGUAUGAUAAAGAAUCGUAUAGUUUCAUGUACUCUUGAGCAUUAAGCACAUGCAUAUUUAUCGAGCUAUCGAUAAUAUUAUAGUACAAAAAAAGUGUUGUACUACCUGCGAUCUCUGAAGUGUCUGUGAACUAUUUAUAAAUAUACGAGAAUAGGAGUCCAACAAUAAAUCUUUCGUAAUUAAGAAUCGCAUCAUAAACUGUUAUAACCGCUUAUCAGUACGGUAUGCCAAUAAUGAUGUUACCGAAAUAGUAAUGUGCAAAUUUCGAUCACACUGCACGUUCGUUGUAAUAUAAAAUUUAAUUCAUUAUAUAAUUAAACGAACUCAAUGUGAAUGAAAAGACCAAAACAAAAAGAACAAACUGAACAGGAAGUGUGUGCAAUUGAGGGCUACUACCAUAUACAAUGGUAACAAGGUAGCAUAUGCGUACACGACGCAUGCAACAAAAACGGCAACGGCAGCAACAUGAAAGUCGAUGGCGUUCUGGAUAAGGAUGACAGCGUGAUAGCCAAGUCGGAGCCGGCGAUAAUAGCGACAGCAACAGCAACAGCAGCAGCUGCAGCAACAACAGCAACAGCAUUAACCCCAGUGACAGCAACACUUGCUGUUCGUGCUAGCCAUGAGAACAUCUUUCUGGAGCGAUUCUUUGGUGCCUUCCAAUGGGAGGAGUUUGCAUGCGGCUGUGGCUCGGCGUUUGUCAACAUCUGCGUCACAUAUCCGAUAUACAAGCUCAUAUUCCGACAAAUGUUGCAUGGAGUGCCAGUCAGCUCGGCGAUGUUGCAGCUACGUCACGAGGGUCUCGGAUUUCUAUACCGCGGCAUGCUGCCGCCUUUGGCACAGAAGACCAUAUCGCUGUCCAUAAUGUUUGGCGUAUUCGAUGGCACGCGGAGAUAUCUGGUCGAAGAUUAUCGCUUAAAUGAUUACGGUGCCAAGGUGAUUGCCGGCGUUGUCGCAGGCAGCGCGGAAUCAAUUUUAUUGCCAUUCGAACGCGUGCAGACGCUGUUGGCCGACUCAAAGUUCCAUCGUUAUUUCUCCAAUACGCCGAACGCGUUUAGAUAUGUUGUCACGAAUUACGGUUUUCGGGAACUAUACAGAGGCAUUGAACCAGUAUUUUGGCGCAACGGCUUAUCGAAUGCGUUGUUUUUCAUGCUGCGUGAAGAGGCCAGCGUUCGUUUGCCGAAAAGGAAAUCGGUGUCGACCAGAACUGCACAAGAAUUUAUAGCUGGCGCCGUGAUCGGUGCCAGCAUUAGCACAUUAUUUUAUCCUCUCAAUGUGAUUAAGGUGUCGCUGCAGAGCGAAAUGGGACAAUUAACUGAGGGCAGUUGGCAUGCCUGCAAGAGGAUCUAUCGGGAGCGUGAUAGUCGAAUUGCUAACUUUUAUCGGGGCUGUGCAUUCAAUACGGGUCGCUCCUUUAUCAGCUGGGGCAUUAUGAAUGCCGCAUAUGAGAACCUCAAGAAGUUGAUGAGUCAGCGCGAGCUGAAGCCACAAUCGACGGCCAUGCAAUGACGUUAAGCUAUGUCUUACGUAAACUACAACUAAAACUAAAAAUAAAAUCUAGUUGAAUAAGCUUAAUGUA